AUUGAGGCACCGACGACAUCAUCGCUAGACACGCGUCAGGGAGCUCAACCUCCUUAGACCGAAACAUCAUCGUCCUUGCAAAUGCCGCCGCAAGUGGACCUCGUCAUCACAUUCAGGGCGUCGCAGAAAAUCGUCCUGUCGAAGCAGCAAAUUCGCGACGAUGCCCAGAAAGCAGAGCAGCAGUAUGCUUGUCUUCUUCAGACAUUGAAGUAUGGUGGCCUUCGAGCAGUGGCAAGGAGGGGAGAGACCCUUGGACAUCUGCUUAUCUUUGUAUAUUGCCCUGAAGGCUUGGUCAAGAAUCUAGUUAAAAGGGAGCGGCAUUCGGAUUUUCUUUCCGGCCUUCUGACGACACCCAUCAAAUCUGGCACUCUGUUACCACCACUCAGUAUUUCAGAUCGCCUUCGUCUAGUGCAUUCAUACAUAACGUCGACGCCUACUGACGGUGGGUUGGGAAUCACACCAGAAACCUCCCAAUGGGAUCUCGUAGAGUCUGUUAUGUGUUUGCAUGACCGAGAUUGGAACGAGCAAUGGAAGCAUACGUGGAAGAGCCGAAAAAUUGCUUCAGUCUCAGAGGAUAGGAUACGGGACCAAUUUGGCGAUACUGUGGCUCUCUACUUCUCUUUCCUCCACUCGUACACUCGCGCCCUCAUAAUUCCCGCUAUCCUUGGAGCUGCCUUUUAUUUCUUUUGUUCGCCUUAUUCGCCUGUGUACUCCUCCUUGCUUCUGCUCUGGUCAGUCACGUUCGUCGAAUGGUGGCGUGUCCAGGAACGCAUUGUCUCCCUCCGUUUCGGAACGCGAGGUUCAUUCCGCGUAGAAAAACGACGCGCCCAGUACAACUCCAAUUUCUCAUGGUGGAAGCGAGAGCUUCGGAUCCUUGCAAGCCUUCCGGUAGUCCUACUAUUCGCUGGCGUUCUUGUUGCCCUUUUGACUGCAAUAUUCGUGUUUGAAGCCUUUGUCACGCAAUUGUAUACAGGUCCAGGGCACAAGUAUAUUAGUCUCAGCCCUACCAUUUUAUUUGCGAUUCUCGUCCCACGUCUACUGGAUGUCUACCAAGUGAUAGCUUCAAAACUCACAGCGUGGGAAAACCAUGCACAUUAUUCUUCCUAUACCACCUCACUUAGUCUGAAAACCUUCGUCCUGACCGCCCUUGUAGCAUACCUUGGUCUCGCCUUGAGUGCAUUCGUCUACGUACCGUUUGGUGAAGGUGUCAUGCGCGUUGUACAGUCGUCAAUCUUCUACACCAAUAGCACCUCCAAGGAUUCAUCGGACAAACCAACCGAUAGCGUUUGGGAAAGCGAUGUUACGACAGCUGGACGCAAACUUAAUCCUGAACGACUACGCGAUCAGAUGUUCGCAUAUACGGUGACCAACCAGGUUGUGGAUACGCUCAUGGAAAUCGGGUUGCCAUUCGUUCUGCGUGCAGUUGAAAAAUACAGAAACAAGAAAAAAACGAAUUUGGGGACGUCAUCUCCAAAGGGCAAAAAGAAGGUAGUGUUCGAAGACGAAAAGGAAAAGGGGGGCGCGGAAGAGCGAGAAUUUCUGGAAAGGGUUCGCAGUGAAGUCGCUCUACCCGAAUACGACAUCUUCGGGGAUUACAACGAGAUGGUGAUUCAGUUUGGCUACGUCGCAUUGUGGUCGACGAUAUGGCCAUUGGCACCUUUGAUGGCGCUAGUCAACAACUUUUUCGAGCUUCGAUCGGAUGCCUUCAAAAUCAUCACUCACGUCCGCCGGCCCAUUCCCAUGAGAGUUGACACGAUCGGACCCUGGCUAGACGCGCUCACAUUCCUUUCCUGGCUGUCUUCACUGACCAAUGCAUCGCUUGUAUAUCUGUUCUGUCCCAGGUCACAGACCUAUUGUAAUACCACGCCGUCGUCAAUCGAAAAGGUCAGCCAAGAGCUCUUCUCUUCCGCUGUUGUUGCAGGGAUCGAGGCACCGGACGCGACGAUGGAUCUACUGAAAACUGCACUGUUGAUUGCAUUUGCUGCCUCCCAUGGAUAUAUGCUCCUGCGUGUCGUCGUUCGACAUGUUGUUGAGAGAAUAGUGUGGAAGGGCAGUGAAGAAGUGAAGGAGAGGGAGAAAUUUGAAAGAGAAAUGAAAGAAUCAUUUUUGAAGAGUACAGCGGAAAAGGAGGAGGAAGAUGUGGUAGAGGAGAGGAAUGAGGAUGCUGAUGCUGAUGAGGUGUUUUGGAAUCAUGAUGAAGGGCUGCAGGAGAUUCAGAGAAUAUCGAAAGAGGCAUGAACAAGAAUGUACACUAGGUUCUUUAUCUUGGUACAUGUAUAUAAUGAGGUCUGAUGCUUAUCGCUUCUGUGG